ACUAAAUUAAAUAACAUUCAAUUUCAUUAUUUUCUAUUCGACAAAGUUUAACGAACCUCUGUAUUGAUCUCAUCAAAAGAAGUGAAAUGAAAAUGAAAUCGAAGUGAAACAUUGAUUGUGUUGUGUUUGGCGUGUAGAUAAGAAAGGUGAAGAAGAAGCAGUUAUGAAGAAGAUAAUAUCAUCAAUAUUAUUGGCUAUAUGGCUCUCAACCUCUCAUGCUAUAUGGCUCUCCUUACCCGCUUCAGGUACCAAAUGUCUUUCCGAACAAAUCCAUACUAACGUCGUCGUUUUGGCAGACUAUGUUGUCCUCUCUACUCCGCUUGAUCCAUCCAACAAUCCCCCCUCCAUUUCCCUCAAGGUGACAUCACCAUAUGGAAACAAUCUUUAUCAUAAGGAUAAUACUACAAAUGGUAAUUUCGCCUUUACAACUCAAGAGAGUGGGAACUACAUUGCAUGCUUUUGGGUGGAUCACAAUCAUGGAGGUGGAGAAGUCAAUGUGAACCUUGAUUGGAAAAUUGGAGUUGCAGCCAAGGAUUGGGAUUCAGUUGCUAGAAAAGAGAAGAUUGAGGGAGUAGAGCUUGAGUUGAGAAAGCUAGAAGGCUCGGUGGAGGCUAUCCAUGAGAAUUUGAUCUUUUUGAAGGGCAGGGAAGCAGAGAUGAGGAUAGUGAGUGAAACAACAAAUUCAAGAGUGGCAUGGCUUAGUAUGAUGUCUUUGGGUAUCUGCAUUGCAGUUUCAGCUUUGCAGUUGUGGCAUUUGAAAAGAUACUUCCAGAAGAAGAAGCUUAUUUAGAUGCUGCUAGUGUUAGUUCCAUUUUAAAGAUGGAAGUUUAUUACUUGAACAUUUUUGGGACCUUUACUUUAUUCAUAAGUAGCCAAAUAUAUUUAUACACUUGCAUUUGAUGA